AUGCUUCUUUAUAGAAGUUUUAAUCUUAACUGGCCUCGCUCUCAAUCAUCCCAAACAUUGAGGGAUCUUAAAGAAGCCCGGAAGGAAGCGAUCGCAAUCACGGUCUUCCUCGCUCUGAUAGCAGUUCUGGCUGCUCUAGUUUUCAUGAAUCCCCCAUCUUCAAGAAGUGCAAGAAUUCACCAUCCAAGACCCACGAGUUUGCAUACUCCUCUGAGUUCGGUGAUCAAAAAAGCUUGCACUAAAACUCUUUACUCUUCUUUGUGCUUCACCACCCUCUCUUCCAUUCCUCCCUCCAACACAACCGUAACUUUCCAUCAUGUUCUUGAGUUUGCUAUCAAUCAAACCAAGGAACAUGUGUUGGAUACCCAAGUUGCAAGCGUGGCUCAUUUUGAAAACCAAGAAUUGAAUGCACAGCAGCAGAAUGCACUUAGGGAUUGCAUGGAAAUGCUUGAUCAGACCACUUAUGAACUUGAACAAGCCAUUGAUGCACUUUCAAGGUCAACUUUCAUCCCUAGCGACGUAAUUUAG